CGAGACCUAAUAUUAAAUCCCCCAACCAAACAGAGUCAGUCAGUCCCCUUGGCGAGCCCCAGCGUCCGGCGACCUGCGCCAGCAGCCGGCCACGGCCACUCCGAGGCCUUCGUUGCACUGGUCCGCGAUGCAGGGAGAGGCGAUGCAACUAGGAGGAGGGGAAGAAGCCUGCAAGGAUCCGGGCAACCCGCCGGCGACCGGCCACCAAGUCCGCGACAGGGCCGCUCCAUCCCAUUCGUCGCCGCCAUUCCCUUCCACCGAAUCAUCGUCGUCCGAGGAACAUGAGGACGAGCAGCACAAGCCCGUGGCGAGCCUGCCGGAGGACGCUGUGGUCGAGAUCCUGUCCCGGGUGCCCUACAGGUCGCUCCGCCGCUUCAAGUGCGUGUCAAAGCCGUGGCUUGCCCUCUGCUCCGAUCCGAAAAUCCGCAAGAGGUGCCCGCAGACCCUCUCCGGCUUCUUCCACUUCAGCCGCGAUGGCCUCAAGUUCCACAAUUUGCCCAGGGGAGGUCCCCCUAUAGUCGAUCCCUCUAUGUCUUUCUUGCGCGAGAGCUACAUCCACGUCCAGCUUGUACAAUGCUGCAGCAGCCUUCUUCUCUGCCAGUGCUUGAAAUCGACUCCAGAGGGAGGAUACCCCUAUGAGUUUGUCGUCUGCAAUCCCGCGACAGAGAAGUGGGCUGUAAUACCUCCUAUAUCAUUGCCGGGCCGAGAGGAACGUUCCCUUCUGGACCAGAUCAAUGUGUUUUUAGGUUUUGACACGGCCGCUCCAUCCCGCUUUGUGCUGUUUGUGCCCCAGAGAAGUGUUUGCGAAACUGCAGAGGUAGCCAUCUACUCAUCACAAACUGGACGAUGGACUUCCGUGCAGAAUGAGUGGGGUGACCAAACUAUUCCGGUUGGGAAUCGGGAAUGUGCCUUCGUGAAUGGGACUAUGCAUAUGACUACCCUUUAUUCUUGGGUAGCCACAGUCGAUGCCGAGGGGAAAGUUUGCAGGAAAUUUAAACUGCCAUAUGUAAGCAGCAGUGAUACUUUUGGUGUUCCCGGUUCCACUGGUCAUUCUCAGGGACACUUCUAUGCGUGGCAGAUAAAUAAUUAUUCUGACUGUCAACUCUAUGUUUGGGUUCUUGAGGAUUACGACAGUGGAAAGUGGACCUUGAAGCACACUGUUAACGUUUUGGAACUGUUCGGAAGGCAUCAUCGCAAAAAUACCGAGUCCUAUACAAUGUUUGCAAUUCACCCGGAACGUAAUUUGAUUUUCCUUACUGAUCGGAAGGAGAUGACAGUGUCAUAUGAUAUGGAUAGUCAGAAAGUGCAUGUUAUCUGCACUUCUGGAGAAUUCUUGGGUGGUCUACCUUAUACUCCAUGCUUUGCGGAUUGGCCAUCAGAUGGUCACUCAUAGUAGUGCAGCUUCACAAUCUAGUACGGCAACGAUAACCGGUGGCCGCUAUGGACCCAUUCUUCUAAUUUAUGGCACUGGCUUGGAAAUGUCGAAACUCUUUUGUCUAAAGUUUGAUAUUCCUGUAUGUUGUUGUCUGGGUGCAUGCCUGUUUGGGCUUUGAACAAUGUUGGUUAGCCAAGAGUUUCCAAGGCUAUGCAUAGUUCUGUAAGUGAACCUAGUCAUUUAAUCUGCUUUCUGUCAUGUAGUACGUACUACAUACUGUAUUACUGUGCCCACUUGUUAGAACUUGAUGUUGCCCUGUUCUUACUCAUUUUCAGCAUUUGAAAUGCUGAAAUGUGGAUUUCCUCUUGUAUAUUGCAGAAAAUAAAGAGAGGAUAAAAAAGUAUUGUUGUAUUUUUUGAAA